UAGCCUUUAGUAUACUGGUCAAAACGUAGCUGUCUGGGAUGAGAAUCAAAUACACACUGAUAACCAGCGUUGUGAUAGGGCAGUUUAUCAGCUGUUGGUCAGGUAUAGAAACUCACGGAGAUAUACGGAGAACAUGUGACAAUCUGGUCCACAGUCUGUCGUCUCAGUAGUCGCACACUCCCCUCGCCGUCACGAUGUUGGUGCUGUUGCUGUCCGCCGCUGUAGUUGCUGUCAGUGUUGGAACGCCACUGCCCCUCCAUGACAGUACCCCUAAAGCGUUCACGGUCAACCUUGACCUCGCCCCUGACCAGAGGUGGGCACAUGUGGUCACCAACUUUUCCAAACUGGCAAAAGAAUCACACAGAGUCAUUGCAUCCCUCGUCCCAAAAGACGCCCUCCCCCUUGUGGAGGAGAUCGGCAGUGAACUGGACAAUUAUCUCCCCAAGGAGUACGCAGAUGAGAUGAGAGGCAUUGCGACUGCUGUAAACGCCAGUCUCGGGGACGUCGUGCUCACCAACCUUGUCUACGACAUCACAGCAUUCUGCACGAGUAUCGUCUGCCAGGACAGCAAGGGACAGAUCUGGCACGCCAGGAACCUGGACUACAACUACGGCGAGAUCCUUCGGAAACUCACCAUCAAGGUGGACUUCCAGAGGGGAGGUCAGACGGUGUACACCGGCAUCACCUUCGCCGGCUACGUGGGUCUGCUGACCGGGCAGCGGCCCAAUGCCUUCACCGUCACCGUGGACGAGAGGGAUCAAGGGCAGUGGUGGAUGAACUUUCUGGUCGCCGUCUUGGACCAGUCCGCAAAACCCAUCAGCUUGCUCGUCCGAGAUGUUUUGGCCACAUCAACGACAUACGCUGACGCCGUGGACGUCCUUUCCAGCACCGACACCGAGGCCGACGCCUACUUCAUUGUCGGGGGCGCCAAAAGCGGCGAGGGUGUGGUGAUCACCAAGUCGAGGAUCGGAGCCGACGAUUUGUGGUACAUGAACGAAGCAGCGCCCGGAUGGUUCCUUGUAGAGACAAACUACGACCAUUGGACAGCUCCACCCCAAGCGACAACAGACGUGACCCCGCCGUGAACGCAAUGAAGGCAUUGAAUCGGAAUAACAUCAACGUCGACAGCCUCUACAACGUCAUCUCCCUCCACCCCGUGCUCAACAACGGCACCGUAUACAGCAUCGUCAUGUCUGCGUCCCAGCCCACCAUUCUGACCUCCUGGGUCAGGACCCCUUAAAACACGAGUCGCGGUGCCACGCCCACCCACAGAACACAUGACAUUACCGAAUGUUGUUUUGUAUUGUGAGGGGGUUCUCAUAUCUAUAAGAUUAAAAAUAAGCGAGUUAAUCAAACUCCAUACUAAGUGCAUGUCAUAUAAUGUUUACAAUCAUCUACAGCAUUACUGUAAACACCAUUGUUAACGUUUACAGAAAGUAUUGUUGACGUAAUUAUUAAUGGCGUCAAUCAUUGUGACGUCAUCAUUGUUGACUCCAGGUUGGCCCUGUUACUAAAAUCUAUUUUUCCACUAAUCUUAAGUAAUAAAAUGUGAUCAUUAAUAUUUAAAGAUCCUUACAUUCAAAUACGUUUUCGAACUCGUUUCGUCAAAUCAGUACGAUGAACACACUUAUUUAACAUCGUAAUCGUGUGUACAUGAUUUCUCGCAAUAAAAAGGAGUCUAUUUUUA